AUUUAAAACGGAGUAGCUUAGCUAGAAUAGAAAAGAAAAUAGGAAAUAAUGGAGUUGGGGUCAACAUUUCUGUUUCUUUGUUGAUCUCUGGAGAAACACUAGCAAUGGCGGAUACAGCAAUGGACUUUGUGAUAGAUAACCUGAAGCAGCUAUUGCGUGAAAACACAGAUCUAAUUGGUGCGAUUAGGGAUGAUGUUAAAUCUCUACUUGAAGAGCUUCAGAAUUUGCAUGCCUUUCUCAAGCAAGCAACCAAGAGCCGCAGCCGCAAUGAAAUUCUGAAACAUUUAGUCAAAGAGUUGAGCACAGCAGUCAACGAAGCAGAAGUUUGCAUAGAUAAAUUUGUGAUUGAGGCCAAGUUACACCAGAACAAAGGGAUAAGAAAGAUGUUCGAUUUUGGCCAUGUUAUGAAAGCUAGACAGUGUGCAACAGAGAUCAAAUUCAUCAAGGAGAAGUUGAAAGAAAUUCGUAGAGAAAAUGCUUAUCACAUUCAAUUUGAAGAUCAUCAAAACGUCACUGAUCAGGAACUGAGAAAGGUUCCCCUACCAGAGGAAGAGGAUGUGGUAGGCUUUGAUGAGGAGGCGGCUGAAAUAAUCAACCGUCUCUGUAAAGGAUCAGAUGAUCUGGAGAUUAUCCCGAUCGUCGGAAUGCCGGGUCUUGGCAAAACAACUCUCGCAAAUAAGAUUUUCAAGGAUGGUAGGGUUCAAUAUGAGUUCUUCACAUGCUUCUGGGUAUAUGUCGCUCAAUCGUACAAUCGGAGAGAAGUAUUUCUAAACAUUAUCAGUAAAUUCACCCGAAAUGUUAAACAAUAUGAAUAUGAGGCUGAGGAGGAUCUAGCAAAAGCAAUAAGGGAGCUUUUGGGGAAGGGCGGAAAAUAUCUGAUUGUCUUGGAUGAUAUAUGGACAUUGGAAGCUUUGAAUGAACUCAAAAUUGCUUUUCCCAAUAACCAUAAAGGUAAUAAAAUCAUGUUGACUACUCGAAACAGCUCUUUGGCUAAUAGUUGCAAUAAUUUCCCUCAUAAACUAAAAUUUCUAACAGAAAGUGAGUGUUGGUUGUUACUAAAAAAGAAGGUUUUUCGCAAGGAUGAAUGUCCCCUGGAAUUUGAAGAACUAGGCAGGCUCAUAGCUAGGAAAUGUAGGGGGCUACCCUUAGCAACUGUUGUGAUUGCAGGAUGCCUAAUUGGGAAAUACACAAGAAGGGAGUGGGAACUAGUGCAUCAAUGUGUGGGUGAACACAUCUUUAACAGAGAUUAUUCAAUAACCAAGAAAUUGGUGCAGAUGAGCUACGAUAGUCUGCCAUUCAACUUGAAGGUUUGCUUCUUAUAUUUAGGUGCUUUUCCUAGAGGUUUCGAGAUACCCGUCUGGAAGUUAGUCCGAUUGUGGAUCGCCGAAGGGUUCAUUCCAGACCAAAGGCCAUUAAUCCUUGAAAGUGUAGCAGAGGAAUACUUGAAUGAACUCGUCAACAAGAACUUACUGAUGGUAAUGCAAAGGACUUCCAACGGCCAAACAAAAACAUGUCGUGUACAUGAUAUGUUACACGAGUUCUGUAGGCUUGAAGCUAGUGAAGAAAACAUUUUCAAAGAAAUAAAACUAGGCGUCGAGCAAUCUUUCCCAAGAAACCAGGAAUUAGCCACCUAUCGCCGCCUUUGCAUUGAUUCCUCUGUUGUGGAAUUCAUUUCCAGGAAGCCUUAUGGUGAAGGAAUUCGGUCAUUCUUAUGUUUCUCCUCUGAGAAGAUUACGAAACCCGCAGCUGAGGUGGGGACAAUCCCGAAAGCCUUUCCACUACUCAGGGUUUUUGAUGUUGAGGCCAUCUUAUUUAGUAAAUUCCAGAAACAGUUUUUUCAGCUAUAUCUUUUGAGAUACAUCGCUUUAUCAAGUGCCUCUUUAGCUUUCAUUCCUAAAUACAUAGAGGACCUGUGGAAUCUACAAACUUUCAUAAUUUCGACUCAACAAACGACUCUUCACAUACAAGCAGAUAUAUGUAACAUGCCACAACUUAGGCAUUUUCAUACAAAUACCCCUGCUAAAUUGUGUCGCUCUGCCGCCAUAGAAACCAACAAGCCUACCUCAGUACAUGGAACUUUACAAACCCUUUCUACAAUAGAGCCUGAAAGUUGCACGGAGUAUGUGUUUGCAAGGUGUCAAUAUCUGAAAAAGUUGGGUAUUCGUGGGAAAAUAGAAGUGCUUUUUCAAGCCAACAGGGUUGGGCCAUUUUUGAAUAAUCAAAAUUUAAAAUACCUUGAAAAAUUGAAGCUAGUGAAUGAUCUCUCAGCAGGUGGGAAACUGCACCUUCGUUCAGAAAAUGUAUUCCCCAAGAGUUUGAAAAAGUUAACUUUGUUAGGUACCGGGUUGGAUUGGAAUGAGAUGGGUAGACUUUGCAAGUUGGAGGUCCUUGAAGUCCUCAAGCUGAAAGAAAAUGCAUUUACUGGCGAAUUGUGGGAGUCAAUGGUUGACACUUUUCCAUCUCUUAAGGUGUUGUUGAUUGAAAGGUCAGACCUAGUUUCUUGGAAGGCAUCUAGUGAGCAGUUUCCCAGAUUAGUGAGGCUUGUCCUUAGAUCAUUACACAAGCUUGAGGAAGUCCCUAUAGAACUUGCCAAAAUACGCAACCUGCAACUGAUGGAACUAGAGAAUACAACCAAAACUGCGGCUGAAUCAGCCCGAGAAGUAAAAUCCUGCAGUGUGUGCACUGGAUUCAAGCUAUCCAUCUUCCCUCCCGAUCUCUGAUUGCAACUAGUCAAAUCACUUCCAUCAGAGGUCAGACAAUUGCUUUCUUUCUUGUAUACAGAUUUCAACUUCAUCUGUUUAGAGAUUUCUCAUCUUAAUUUCUAAGACAUGCUUUUUUAAUAUAAUCGUUUAGUGUUAUAA